CGACUUCAACACCAUGAAGCGAGCGCCCGGCGGCGCCAUGGGCUUUCAUGGCGACACCUUCAAUAACGGCUUCGGCGACUUCAACACCAUGAAGCGCGUGCCCGAGUCCACCGGACUCGGCGGCGACUUCGGAGGGUUCAAGACGGUAAAGCGACAGCCUGGCGGCAAAGCCGGAUUCCACGGGGACACUUUCGACGGAGGCUUCGGCAACUUCAACACCAUGAAGAGGAGGUUGCUCUCCGCACGGGGCUACCCUUAUGAAUCGAAUCAGGACUUCAGUUCCAUGAAGAGGCGGACCGAGGGUUUCCACGGCGACCUCUUUGACAACAGCUUCGGCAACUUCAACACAAUGAAGAAGAGGGGCGGUGGGUCGGGGCUGCACUCCGAUACCUUCUCGAACGGUUUCGGCGACUUCAGCACGAUGAAGCGCUCUCCUGCUGCGGCUGGGCUUGAGGGCGACACCUUUAGCGGGGGGUUUGGUGACUUCGUGACCAUGAGGAAACGGAAACCGGGGGGAUCUCUAGGCUUCCACGGAGAUACAUUCACCAAUGGAUUCGGAGACUUCAACACGAUGAAGAGAGCCCCAGGUGGCGCAAUGGGCUUUCACGGCGACACUUUCAAUAAUGGGUUUGGUGAUUUUAACACCAUGAAAAGAGCACCUGGGGGCGCCAUGGGUUUCCAUGGUGACACGUUCACGAACGGUUUCGGCGACUUUAACACGAUGAAGCGUGCGCCAGGUGGUGCUAUGGGUUUUCAUGGUGACACUUUCAACAAUGGCUUCGGUGACUUCAACACCAUGAAAAGAGCACCUGGGGGUGCCAUGGGUUUCCAUGGUGACACGUUCACGAACGGUUUCGGCGACUUUAACACGAUGAAGCGUGCCCCAGGCGGUGCUAUGGGUUUCCAUGGUGACACUUUCAAUAAUGGUUUCGGUGACUUCAACACGAUGAAGAGAGCGCCGGGUGGCGCUAUGGGCUUUCACGGUGACACUUUCAAUAAUGGAUUUGGUGACUUCAAUACAAUGAAGAGAGCACCAGGUGGCGCUAUGGGUUUCCACGGUGACACCUUCACCGGCGGCUUCGGUGACUUCAACACUAUGAAGCGGAAGCGAAGUCCCGGAGAGUCCUUUCACGGAGACACCUUCACGGACGGCUUCGGCAACUUCGGCACCAUGAAGCGGAAGUCGGGUGGAGCAGCGGGGCUGCACGGUGACACCUUCGGCGGCGACUUCGGCGACUUCGGCACGAUGAAGCGCAACACCGACGGCGCCAAGUUCCACGACGACGCUUUCAACAGUGGCUUCGGGGACUUCAGCCCGAUGAAGCGCAACCUGGCACCCCAGCAGGGCGGAGGCGCCGGCGGCGGCCGCAGCUCGGAUGGCCCGCACAGCGACAUGUUCAGCUCGGGCUUCGGGGACUUCAACACCAUGAAACGCGACAACGAUAGCCGGCCCGACCUGCCGCCCGUGCGCACCGUCAAGGUGAAGCGCUCCAACAUCGCCGAGAUCCUGGUGCCCGGCUACCACGUGCAGGGCGAGAAGCCGGCCGCGCACCAGGACGAGGGCAACACCAAGAAGAGGAGGAACGCGUCCACGGACAUCAGCGGCGACACCCUUAACAGCCCCUUCGGCGACUUCAACACGAUGCGGAGGAGACGGAGGCAGGCGUAAAGGGCGCAACGACGGGGACGUGCUGGAGGCCACGUGUCUGCCGCGUUCCUGGCCGCGGGGCAGCAGCGCGACAGACGCGUAGAGAUUGGCGUUUAGCGUUACCUGGAGGCGGACACCCCGGGACAAUGCGGACCGCGAGAGCCGCCGCUGCACGAGUCCGGGACUGGGUUCGAGUCUCUGCAGAGGCGAGAUACUAUGUUUCUUUCCGCUUGAGUUUUCGCGGUCCGCACUACCCACAGUGAAAGAUAUGUUACCUUUCUUAUUGUAAAGUAAGAUUAAUUAAUUGAAUAUUAU